UGACGUCCAGUUGUUGAUGCUGAGAUGGAGGAGAAACUUAUCAUUGCAGUGUGCGGCUACCCGGAGCUGUAUGAUACUACGUGUCUACUCUACAGAGACAGCAACAAAAAGGAGCAGGCUUGGGUGAAAGUCGCCGAGGAGACUGGUCUACAUGAAUUGGAACCGUACCUGGUACACUACUAAUCCAGACCUCACCCAGUGCUUCCAGAACACUGUCCUUGUGUGGCUGCCAUGCCUCUACCUCUGGAUAUGUGCCCCCAUCUACCUCAUCUACCUCCGCAGUCAUGACCGUGGCUACAUAUGUAUGAGUCACAUCAACAAAGCUAAAACUGCUGUUGGCCUUCUGCUGUGGAUUAUCUGCUGGUCAGAUGUUUUCUAUUCUUUCUGGGAAAGAAGUCACAGCACCAGUAUCCCCGCACCCGUCCACCUAGUCAGUCCCACCUUACUGGGCCUCACCAUGUUGCUGGCCACCCUGUUAAUCCAGUAUGAACGGAUGAAGGGGGUUCAGUCAUCUGGAGUGAUGCUGAUCUUUUGGCUGCUGGCACUGCUGUGUGCCACAGUCACCUUCAGAUCCAAGAUCUUCCAGGCCCUGGACGAGCCGUCAACGGUGUGUUUGUGGAGGUACACCACCUUCUAUAUCUACUAUGCUCUGCUGCUGGUUGCUCUGUUCCUGUCCUGCCUGACAGACCGGCUCCCCCUCUUCUCUCAAGCCGUCAAAGACUCGAAUCCCUGCCCCGAGCCUGGAGCCUCUUUCCUCUCCAGAAUAACCUUCUGUUGGAUCACCAGGAUGAUGAUGACAGGCUACAAGCGCCCACUGGAGGAAAAGGACCUGUGGUCUUUGAACUCUGAAGACCGCUCCCACAAAGUGGUUCCAAAACUGGUGCGCCGCUGGAACACAGAGUGCCAAAAAGUCAAAAGGACAGAGCAGAAAACUUUGUACUCCCCCAAGCGGGUCAGUCACAAUGAGGGCAAAGAAGGCAGAGCUGUGGAAGAGUCUGAAAUCUUGAUUGUAAAAACCCCCCAGAACACAAGGGAGCCUUCCCUGUUGUGGGCACUGUGCCUAACCUUCGGACCCUACUUCCUUAUCUCCUGCCUCUAUAAGCUCAUCCAGGACGUCCUCAUGUUUGUUGGGCCUGAGAUUCUUCGGCUGCUGAUCCGCUUUGUCAACAACUCCAGUGCUCCCUCCUGGCAGGGUUACUUCUACACAGCUCUGCUCUUCAUAUGUACCUCUGUGCAGUCGCUCAUCCUGCAGAGGUACUUUCAUGUCUGCUUUGUCACAGGCAUGCGUCUGCGCACUGCCAUCAUCGGAGCUGUCUACAGGAAGGCCUUGCUUAUAAGCAACGCAGCACGCCACACCUCCACAGUGGGCGAGAUGGUGAACCUGAUGUCAGUAGACGCUCAGCGCUUCAUGGACCUCAUUACUUACAUCAACAUGGUAUGGUCCGCCCCUCUGCAGGUGGUGCUGGCCCUCUACUUUCUCUGGCAGAACCUGGGUCCAUCCGUGUUGGCUGGAGUGGCUGUGAUGGUUCUGAUGGUUCCUGUUAAUGCUGUGAUCGCAAUGAAAACCAAAACCUACCAGGUGGCUCAGAUGAAGAGUAAGGACAGUCGCAUUAAGCUGAUGAAUGAGAUGCUAAAUGGCAUUAAGGUGCUUAAACUGUAUGCCUGGGAGAUGGCCUUCAAGGACAAGGUCUCAAAAAUCCGUGAGAGUGAGCUGCAAGUCCUUAAGAAGGCUGCCUACCUGGGUGCAAUGUCCACCUUCACCUGGGUCUGCGCACCUUUCCUGGUCGCCCUGUCCACGUUUUCUGUGUACGUACUGAUUGACGAACGAAACGUGUUAGAUGCCCAGAAGGCCUUUGUGUCACUGGCACUUUUCAACAUCCUGCGUUUUCCUCUCAACAUGCUGCCAAUGGUCAUCAGUAGUAUGGUGCAGGCCAGCGUGUCAUUGAAAAGGCUGAGAGUGUUUCUUUCUCAUGAGGAGCUGCAGGAAGACAGUGUGGAGCACAAAACAGUAGCAGGCUCCCCACAUAGUAUUUCCAUUGUGGAUGGAGUUUUAAGCUGGUCUAGAGCUGAAUCACCUGCACUGAACAGGUUGAAUGUGUGUGUCCCAGAAGGCUCUCUGGUAGCCGUGGUGGGACACGUGGGUUCAGGAAAGUCCUCACUGCUUUCUGCCCUGCUCGGAGAGAUGGAAAAACUAGAAGGAACUGUGGCUGUCAAGGGUUCGAUGGCCUACGUUCCUCAGCAGGCCUGGAUCCAGAAUUCCACACUGAAAGACAACAUAAUAUUUGGUCAGGAAAGGAGAGAGGCCUGGUAUCAGCGCGUGGUGGAGGCAUGUGCCCUUCAGCCUGACCUUGAGAUCCUUCCUGCUGGAGACGAGACAGAGAUUGGAGAGAAGGGAGUGAAUCUCUCUGGAGGUCAGAAGCAGAGGGUAAGCCUGGCCAGGGCUGUCUAUUGUGACCGUGCUGUCUACCUGCUGGAUGACCCGCUGUCUGCCGUUGACGCUCACGUAGGAAAACAUAUCUUUGAUCACGUCAUCGGCCCACAGGGACUGCUGAAGGACAAGACUCGUGUGCUGGUGACUCACGGACUGCGCUACCUGCCCCAGGCCGACCUGAUCCUGGUCAUGGUGGAGGGAGAGAUCACAGAGAUGGGCUCCUACCAGCAGCUCAUGGCCACAGAGGGAACCUUUGCUGAGUUUCUGCGAACAUACACUGCAGUUGACCACACUGACAACAAUCAUGAGACAAACUCCAAACACGCUGCACUUUACACAGACACACCUGUUGUAGAUCUCAGUGAGUCUGUGCCAAGGAGUGGAACCAAAGGAGUAGAGAACAGCAGUGCACCUGCUCGUGUUGGCAGCAGUCCAGAUGCCAGCAAUGUGUCCAAACUGUCCCAGACAGGUAAGGAGGACAAGGUGCUGAGCAAAAAUGCUAAGGAUCCUGAGGUGGGCAAGCUGACAGAGGCUGACAAGGCCAGCACUGGACGGGUCAAACUCUCUGUGUUCUGGGCUUAUCUAAAAGCCAUCGGAGUGCCUCUGUCCUGCAUCAGUCUGCUGCUGUUCCUCACCCAUCACCUGCUCUCACUGUUCUCCAACUACUGGCUGAGCCUGUGGACUGACGACCCCGUGGUGAAUGGCACUCAGCCCGACAGACUAAUGAGACUUGGGGUGUACGGUGGUCUCGGCCUGUUCCAGGGUGUGGCAGUCUUUGGUUACUCCCUCUCCACGUCCAUCGGGGGCAUCCUGGCAUCCCGCUACCUCCAUCAGUCCAUGCUGUAUGACGUCCUGCGCUCACCUAUGUCCUUCUUUGAGCGAACCCCCAGUGGCAACCUGGUCAACCGCUUUGCCAAGGAGAUGGAUACCAUUGACUCAGUGAUCCCCAGUAUUAUUAAGAUGUUCAUGGGCUCUAUGUUAAAUGUGUUGGGUGCUUGUGUUAUCAUCCUGAUUGCCACACCACUGGUAGCUGUCAUCAUCCCUGCUCUCGGUCUGCUCUACUUUUUUGUGCAGAGGUUUUAUGUGGCAUCAUCUCGCCAGCUAAAGCGUCUGGAGUCAAUCAGUCGUUCACCCAUCUACACCCACUUCAGUGAAACACUGCUGGGCACCUCCGUUAUCCGAGCCUUUGGUGAACAGGAGCGCUUCAUCCAUGAGAGUGAUCAGCGGGUGGACCACAACCAGAAAGCUUACUACCCCAGCAUCAUAGCAAACAGGUGGCUGGCUGUUCGCCUGGAGUUUGUAGGAAACUGCAUCGUGUCAUUUGCAGCUUUGUUUGCUGUCAUAGCCAGAGAAAACCUCAGUCCAGGCAUCAUGGGGCUGUCUAUCUCCUAUGCCCUCCAGCUGACUGCCUCUCUGACCUGGCUGGUGAGGAUGUCCUCUGAUGUGGAGACCAACAUAGUGGCUGUAGAGAAAGUUAAAGAGUACAGUGACACAGAGAAAGAGGCAGAGUGGAAACAUGAGCCCUCCAGCCUCCCCCCAGGGUGGCCCACUGAUGGCUGCAUAGACAUCAGAGGCUUUGGCCUGCGCUACCGCCACGACCUGGAUCUCGCCAUUCGCAACAUCACCAUCAGUAUAAAUAGAGGAGAGAAGGUGGGCAUUGUUGGGCGCACCGGAGCAGGGAAAUCUUCCCUAACGCUCGGGCUGUUCCGGAUCAUCGAGGCAGCAGAGGGUCAGAUCUUCAUUGACGGGGUGGACAUCACUCAGCUGGGCCUCCAUGAGCUUCGUUCCAGAAUCACCAUCAUUCCACAGGACCCAGUGCUGUUUUCAGGAUCUCUGAGGAUGAACUUGGAUCCUUUUGACAGCUACUCUGAUGAGGAAGUAUGGAGGGCUCUGGAGUAUUCUCAUCUCAAGAGCUUUGUGUCCAGCCUGCCAAACAAACUCAGCCAUGAGUGUAGUGAAGGAGGAGAGAACCUCAGUGUGGGUCAGAGGCAGCUGCUGUGUUUGGCCAGAGCUCUCCUGAGGAAGACCAAGAUCCUGGUUCUAGAUGAGGCCACAGCAGCUGUGGACAUGGAGACAGACAACCUGAUCCAGUCCACCAUCCGCUCUCAGUUUGAGGACUGCACUGUCCUGACAAUCGCUCAUCGACUUAACACUAUCAUGGACUACACCAGGGUCCUGGUGUUGGACAAGGGAGAGAUGGCAGAGUUCGAUUCCCCCUCCAAUCUCAUCGCUCAAAGAGGAGCUUUUUACAAGAUGGCCAAGGAUGCAGGGCUGGUAUGAAGCAGCUCACUCUGUCCAGCUGCUCCUCUGAGUCCCUCCCAGCUUGUCUGGCUCCCUGCUGUGGAGCUCCUCACUUACAGAGGAAGAGGGAGAUUGUUAAGAUUUAGAAUGAUGGACUGUUUAAGAAAGGGUGUUGAUGAGAACAACAGGUUUGGUUUGAUCUGCUCCACCAUACACUUCAAUCCUUAUUUAACUACACAACUCCAUGAUGCCUGUCCCAAACAACCUUGCAUCUUUCUGUCAGCCUGGGACAUCUCUGUACCCCCUGAUUCUUCCCACCCCUUUGACUUUCUGUUACUGCCAUUUCUGCCAUGGACCAGGAGGUGAGAUAUUCUAACAAGGGACAUACUUUAUACGGCAUUCAUUUAGACAGAGCAUUGUACCUGUGCUUGAACAAAGGGGAGGAGUUGUACUUCCCUCCAGGCAGAAUUCCUGCAGUCUAUCAGAAACAGUUCACUUGUGGUUGUGAUAUUCAAUGCUGAAGUCAGUGGAGGACAAAAAGGUUUGUUCCAUAAGUGCUAAAUUAUUUUGUGCCAAAUACUGUCCUCAGAAAUCCCAGCUAUUUUGCAGAUUUUAAAAAUCAGCACUCAUUUGAGAAGAGGAUCAUGAUUUGGGAGACUGCUUACACGGACAGCACAUUCAAGUAGGCAGUGAGCGUUCUCAUUUAACAAACAGGAGCAAAGGUCAAGGGCCUGUGUCCACAUAGGGUUUUUUUUCCCAACACCAAUGUCUUUUUUUCAGUCAUUCCCAAUGUGGUGAGAGCAUCUGCUUAGAGGAAAAGCGUUGCCCCCGGCAUCUUUAUUCAGAGCGUUCUCCCUUUUUUGUGCGGCUGCUUCAAAUGCAUCUAUAUAAAAAUCUCCAAAUGUUUUCAGAAAGGAGCUGGUGAUGUCACUGCCACUCUUUUAGCUAGGCCACUAUCAUAACAAAGACAGAAAAGCCCAUCUGUGGAGCUACAUUUGUUUCUUUAUUGUUCAAUCAAACAGAGUAGGUUUUGCAAUCAAAAAAAAGAUUUGAGAGCAAAAGUAUUAAUAUUGUAAUCAAAAAAUGUUUUAUUGCAAGUAAAAAAUUAUUGAUUAAAAAAUGCAAAUCCUAAAGUUUUGUUUGCAAAUCCUAAAGUUUUGUUUAUGAGUAAUUUUUUUCUUUUUGCAAGUCAAAAAGUUUUGCGAGUAAAAAGUUGAACCUGGUGGGCUGGGCCUAAACUGAAAGCUGUAAGACACAUCUCUAUUGGCCAGUCUCAAUUGGAAUGACAGCUUGCAAAGCAUUUUUUUUUCUUCGUCUCUUGGUUUAUUGGCGGAUUGCAAACAAUUUAAAGGUGCAUACCGACACCUACUGUACAAGAGUGUGCAACAUCAUGUCAUUUAGCCUGUUUCUUAUACUCUACUCAUCAGGCUAGUACGCUUGCAAACAUGGGAGGUCUGUAGUUCACGGGGAAUUCAGUGCAGGAGCUGUGGUGAAAAUCAAUUCUGAAUUCGGGGUCCGUUUUAAAAAAAAAAUAUUCAUCCACAAGAGUGGUGUGAUAAAAACAUAUGAUAUCCACACAAAACCACAAAACCUGCUACCAAGUGAUGUAAUACACAUGCCAAAGCAGUAGGUGGCGAUGUAACUUCUAACGGAAAGGCCACUUUAACCAAUCAGAAGUCAGAGUCAAUACCGGAAUAGGGAAGUGCGGAAAAUAAAACAACUACACUACCACGAAAGCAGCGACAGGCCUGCCACAGGAGGUCUGACCCGGCCAGAUCCAGAACCUCUGUUGGCAGGCCCGUUGCUGCUUUUGUGGUAGUGUAGUUGGGAUAGCUAGCAACAGGAACAACCUCCUGCAUUGGUCAUUAGGUCGAGCAGCUGGAUAUGCCAUCCAAAGAGAGUAGAUAGCACACUCACAAAUAAAGUUAGUGUGACAUAUAGGGUAUUUUUGUGUAUCUGCCCACUCAAUUGUGACAUUAUUUUAUGCAUAUGAUAUUGAUUUUUUAUCUUUACAGAUACCAUACAGACACCCCCAUUCAAUUUAAAGCAUAACUGAUUUGAGUAAAGGCACGAGAGCAAAUCUGGGUAUAUAAAUGGUUGGUUCUCCAGUUGGCAGUUGCACCAAGAGUAAAGCUACUGAAGACCAGUAAAAUCAACGUUUGUUUUCAUUUAUUCUUUCAGGUGGGUAAAUGUCACCUAAGCACCUUCAGAUUUUAGUAGUGUACCCUUAAUAGAUAAUUUGUUUAUGUAGUUUGUAUUGUGCUUCGUGAUAUUGUUUAAGGGAACUGUAACGUAAGGUAACUGCAUAUGAUUGGAUGGAACCGUCACUAAUGCUAACGUAGUUCCUGCAGAUGAACUAUGCAGAGCUCACUGAAAUUGAAGAGCGGACGAGGAGAGAGAGGGAGCAGUGUUACUUCGGUAGCACAUAUACUAAAAUUUCAACAGGCAGAGGAACAUGUCCGAAUCCAGCUAAAGGUAAACACAGACAUUCAUUUCUCCUUUCCGUUAUUUUGUCGGAUAAUUAUACUAACAAUCCGAGCCUAUCUGUGUGGAAAAAAAUGCACUUUUAGUGGAAGUAUUUUGACGUUGUUUGAAGCUGUCUGAGUGCCCUAUUAUAUUAUAUAGCGCAUGCUCAUGGGCUGCAGGCAGGUCAGCCCUAGCUUCGUAGUGGAGAAAUGUCAAAUAUUGAACAUCCUAUCACUCAUUUAGACAAAAGUAGAUUGGAAAAUAGGACCCAGAUUGAAAAAAACAUUAGUUCCCCUUUAAGCUGUUAUUACUUUCAUUUUGACAAUCUAAUCUGUGACAACACAUUAGUUAAGGUUUUAAAGACUGUAACUGUUGGUAGCUGUUGUUGAUUUUGUUUAAAUAUGUUGAAUUAUAAUUUUAUGGGUUAUUGUUUGUCGGACGAUUGAGCUAAGCUAACUAACGCUAACGUCAGCUGUCACUUGUUGCCAUAGCAACGGUAAACAUUCGCAUACAGGCAGAGUGUGAAUAUAGUUAAGACAGGACGUGGGAUUUUAGUAGUUAGUAAACUUUUAGAAAAGAGCUAUUUACCGUCUCUCUGAUGUCAAACAGUGGAGACAGGUAAUAAAAUACUGUGGUUAUCCUAUCUACACGCAACCGCUUGCGCCGGAGUCUUCCAAAAACUUCACCCUGGACUCCAGUUUUGUCAGCGUUGUGUCAGCCACCAAGCUAAGAGAUAUUGUUGUCCUAGAAACAAAAUCCACACCUAGCACAUAAUUAAGAAAAAAGAGCUCUGAGUGUAUUUUUAAGAAGCAUUCUCAUAAAGUGCUCCCCAGCAGCCUGCCACCGCUUUUCUGCCAAAGAAAAAUGCUGUGUGGACUCACACCCCUAAAGGUCCAGUGUGUUGAAUCGACAAAAAUGGAAUAUAAUAUAAGUAUGGGGGGUUUUUUUGGUGUAUAAUCAGCUGAAAAUAAAAAUCAUGUUGUCAUUUCCUUAGAAUUUUGUUACCUUAGAGCCGUUUUUAUCUACAUAGGAAGCGGGUCCUUGUUUACAGAGUCUGCCAUGGUGCACUGCUGUAAUUCUACAAUAGCCCAGAACAGACAAAACAAACACUGGCUCUAGACAGGGCCAUUUACGUUUUUGCAUUUGCAUUGUGUCAGUGAUGAGCAAAAAAAGAAACAGAAGUGAAACUGCUCUAUUUUGUUUUUACUGGUUUAAUCACAAAGUCCAUUUGUUUCAAAGAUGAAGAGACCACUGUUGAUAACUUUGCUCACAGUAAAAAACUGAACAUCUGGAUCAGAAAAAAGGUGAUCACACAGUAGCAGCUGCUAAUCUAAUAACCAUCUUCGACACGCCAAACGGUGAAGAAGAAACAUUGAUUUGUAACAUGAAACUGUCAGCUGUUCUUGUACCUCCUGAACAAUGAACACUGAAGGAAUUCUAACCUGGAGAAGUUUCAGCUGGUUACAAUCUGCAGUUCACCACUAGACACCACUAAAUCCCCCCUAAAUCUAACACACUGGACCUGUAAGUGAGACAUUCCUGAUUCAUAACUGCUUUGUCUGAAUUCCAUACUAUGUACUAAGUGUCACAGGGAACAGCAGGAUGUAACAUUCUCAGGAUUGUUUCCUCUGGGGGGUAGUGUUUCCUCUGAGGGGGUAGUGUUUGCUGUUUCCUGCUCUCAGUUUUACAUUUGGAGCAUCAUCAGGAGCAUGAAGAUGUGUUAGGAGCAACAGCAGGUGUGCCAGUCAGAAGCAACCAAUACUGAACAUUAAAACAUAAAUCAAAGCUACAAACGCACAAACUCCAGGAAUCUGUUGGACAGACUCCUCUUGACUGUUACUUUACUUCCAGCACUGACUUUUUAUUUAUUGUGUGUUUGUGUGUGUUUUCAACAACUGCUUCAAAUUGAUGUGUUGAUGUGAGCUGCUUAUUAGUUUUGAGGCUCUGCUCCUACCAAACAACAUUUUGUUUUUGGGAUUUUGAUUUUAGGUGAACUCUAAUGAGGUCCCGAUGUCCUGAAUGUGCACAAAAUGGACAUUGUAAUCUUUUUUAGGUUCAUUUUGACUUUUUAUGUACACGACAUAUCUGAAUUGUUUACAGCUAACGUGAUGCUUUAAAGAGAUGGACGCAUGCCCACAGUAUGAGUCUCAGUUUUAAGCUGAUUUGACCCUGUGUUACAUUUCUGUGCAUUGUUGUAUUUGUGUCAGUGAGUUCUUGUGUUAUUUUAAGUGAAUAAAGAUUCUGAGUGAUUGUUUUGAUAAGGUA